AUGAAGUUCACCACUAUCAUUUUCGCCGCUGGCAUCGCUGCCGUCCAAGGCUUGGAGCUGAUCAGCGAGAACCCGCUUUGCAAGUACGAGAAGCUCAGCGUCGCCGCAUGGCACAACUGCAACGACUUCAACGGCGGCAAGGACCCGUACAAGGACUCAGACUGCGAUUUGCCUUGCGCUAGAGCCGGAAGAAACGAGGGCGGCAAGUUUGUUCACGUCGCCAACUACUGGGGUAGCGACAGAUAUACAAAGCCCGCCAGAUGA